AUGAAAGACAGUACUUUUGUAUCUAUGUUGUUACGUGUAUUACAUAACAGUCUUCUUUCCAAAGAAGGAAAUUUAUAUCAACGAGCAAGAAAUUUAUGGACAUCAAUUAAUGAAGGUCAUGGACCACUGUAUUUUAUAGCUCCGCAAACACGUCUACGUGUAGUUGACAAUAGUCCAUGGAGUAGUAUUGCUCCCACAACCCAUAUAAACACUGGUAAAGAUCAACCAGUCAAGAAAGUUCCUAACAUUGAUCAAAAACUAUCAAAACCAGUUAAAGAUAUGAAUGAUGUGUCCAAUUUACUUUCAUUAGGUUCAAAAGUACUAUCAAUUAAACCGGCAAAAUGUAUUCGUGUUUAUAAUAAACGAAAUAAAGGAACUAUAGGUGAUAAAGUAUUGGUUGCUGUUAAUGGAGAAAUGAAAAAAGGUUGGAUUGUUGGUGCACGACUACCAUCUGUUAAUGGUUGGCCACGUUUUGACUCAAACAAUGUUGUGCUUAUUGAUAAUGAUGGCAAUCCACUAGGUACACGAAUACUUGUCCCAGUACCAGCGCGAUUACGAAGUUUAUCAGGGGAUAUAACGAAAAUUCUAUCGAUAGCUAGUUCAUUUGUAUGAGAAAAAUAAUAAAUGAAAUAGAAAACAAUAGUUUUUUCUAAUUAUUAUUUUCUCUCCUUGUUUAUCAUUGUUUUAAUAGAAGGACAUUGAAGCGUAA